GCUUCCUCCUGUUUAGUUUCCGCCGGCCGCUUCGAAGUCCGCCGAGGUUUUCGGGGUUUCUCCGUGUGCCGGCCCCUGCCCUAGCCCUUGUGGUCUGAUGGCCGGGGUCAGCCGGGGACGGGCUCUUGAGAGUCCUGUGAAGAUCAACGAUGGCGAUGACUCAGUUUUUGUUUUACAGCGCAUGCGCAUUAAAAGCCUUAGCCUUUCUCUGCGCAAGAAAUUGCAGGCGUUGGGCCGCGCGACCCCCUCCGUUUUCUGGUCUCGUUUUACAACCAAAAACCGAACAGAGGCAGGAGCCAUGUAUCGGCCGGGGGGUUGGCGCGUGCUCCUUCCGUCGAAGCUCGGCCGGAUGCAGUCGCCAGCUACUUAUAUAUGAGGUGCCAUUCAAUAUCAAUCCGCACUGUGGCGGAUACAGAAUGGGGGGGCUUGUUGGUCGCGCUAUACUAGCUUCGGGGCAGCGUUGUGCAUAGGUGAGUGCGUGCAUGUGUGGGGUCGAGGGACCCUCUGCGUCAGGCCUGAAAAAC